UGGUUGCUGUGCCACUUUGCUUUCUGGCAGGCAUCGUACCAUAGUUACAUCAGUGCCUGCUGUAUUAACUUGUGAAUUACUGAGAGCAAGUUGUGGGCCGGUCGGCCGAGAUAUCAAAACAGGCCAACGUCUAGACCCUCGAGGAAAGAAAGGGCACUUCGCAGUAUAACGCUAUUUUGGGAGCCCAGCGGUCAUGUAUGGGAUGACACGAGGAUCAUAUCCGCCUUUCUUCAACAUCGCGCCUUUUGCAUUUUCCAAGGGUGCAGAACGUAACGUCGAUGGCCACAACAACGGUUUCUUUCUUGACCUGUCCACAAAUAAAACUCGGCUGUCCUUCUAGUGGUAUCCGUCUUGACCGCUCCUCGUGUGGAGGAUAUAAGUACAAGUAUUGGUGUCACAGCAAACAUCUUUCAGACUUGGCAUAUCUAUCACACCGGAAAGAUGGGCGUGGUAAAUGAUGGCAGAGCAAGAUAAAAGAGCGGAUAACCCAGCUGCUCUGGGCCAUACCAUCAAAGAGAAACACCAUCUCUUAACUGUCGACUUGCCCCGGAGUAACUCUUACCACCGUACGGUUACUCAAGCACCUCACAGGCUCCAUCUGAAUAUCAACAAAGCACGUGUGUUGAGCCGUCAACUGCGUUUGAUACCCAGAGCUUCAUCGGUGACAGUUUGCCAGAGACAAACCAUUUCCAUCAGAAGAACAUUCAGAACGCACGAUGUACUUCACCAACCUUCUCCCCCUAGUGGCUCUGGCCUCAGCCGGCCCCUCAUCCAUCAACUACCUCCACCAGCUCUCCGCCGCCCUCGUCAAACCAGCCAAACUCGUCCCCACAGCCCAGUUCAACUUUGCCCCGUAUCAAGUCACCAACAUCGCCCUCGACUGCAAGCGCCCCAACAACAAGACGAACUACUCUUGUGAACUUUACUUCGCCCUCCACGACCCCAACUCGGUCCGCGAAAACAACGUCACCUCCUGCAGCUGCCACCACACCUGGUCCUGGGACGGGGUGAACGGGUCCCUCAGCACGACCGACUGGCGGACCCCGGUGGCAGGGUACCAGCUUUGCUGGCGCGACGACUGGACUUUCUUCAAGUCGUCGGUCCCGAGCUUUGAGCACCCCGGGAAUUUCAGCUUGGAGGUUGCGCAUACGUAUCAUGAUGAUGAGAACUUUACCGUGCCUUGGGACUAUCCGACUACGAUUGCGACGGGGGAGGUGAUUAUAUAUGAGUAUUAUGAGGGGGUGAAGAAGCAUGGGGAUGAGAUCUGCUUGAGGGAGAUGGGGCCGGUGAAUGCGACUGUUGUGGGGAUUUUGGACUAGAGUGAGGGAUAGGGGAGAUGUUGAGAGGGUGUUCUUGGGGGAGGGGUAAUGGAGAGGUUAUUGGUGAUGGGUAUUUGGGUGGGAGGGGUAGAUUGCCAAUGGUCUGUAUGACUUGGUGAAGGAACGGGAGUAAGAAGAGUGUCUUCAGUCCUAUCUUAUCAGUCCCCGAGAUGUGGUGAUGAUGCGGUUGUAUACUAUGAGAGUCAUGCUGAGAUUUUGAGAAAGGUUAACUGUCACAUGCCAGAGCCAGAGUGGGAUAUGUUUCCCGAGUCAGAAUUUGACGAUGAACACCACUGCCAUUCUGUUUUUAACAGGUCUGGG